AUGCCUCACAUCGCCCACAUCUCCCUAGUCGUCCGCGACUACGACGAGUCUCUCGCUUUCUACGUCGAUAAGCUCGGCUUCACCCUCGUCGAGGACAAUCAAGAGCCUAACAAGCGCUGGGUCACCAUUCGCCCCCCAGGUGCAUUGCCAGACGCGACAACUAUACUGCUCGCCCGUGCUUCGACGCCGGAACAGCUAGCCGUUAUCGGAAGUCAAACCGGUGGACGCGUAUUUUUAUUUCUCGAGACGGAUGAUUUCCAGCGGGACUAUGAUCGGUUCACUAAGAAUGGGGUUGAGUGGGUAAGGCCACCGGCAACAAUGGAUUAUGGGAUCGUUGCUGUAUUUAAGGACUUGUAUGGCAACCAGUGGGACUUGAUUCAGCGAGAGAAAAAAUGUCCUGAUUGA